UCAAAUCAUCAAACCCUAGCCAAUAUUUAUUGGCAUCAGUUUUAUCAAUGUCGUCGUCACUGGUUCGUCCUCGUCCUCGUCCUCGUGUUAUGGUCAAUGGAAUAAGAAGAAUGAGAACCUUUCGUUUCUUCUGGUGCCGCCAUUGCCAACAUACUGUAAGAAUUGCCUCUUCCAACCCAUAUGGAUUUCAAUGUCACUAUUGCUCCAAUGAGCUCAAUCAUGAGCUCGAUGUAUUGAGGCCUGCUGCCUCUAUCAAUAACCACCUUCAAGCCCUAGAAGCUUCCCCGGCUGCCCGCUUACUUCAAAACCUAGCUCUCGUCCUCGAUCCUUCCCCUCUGAGGCACCACGGACGACUUCGAUGGCAAAUCGAAACCGACAAUGAGCCAGUUGAUCAUCCACGGUCUUGGAUCACCCUCCAGUUCGAGAGACCGCCAAGACUUGUAGUUCCCGUACCACAAAAUGCCACCCUCGACGAGGAUCAUACUAAUAACGCUGCUACUUUCGAGGGAACAAUAAACGAGGUUCCGAAUGAGCGUCGGGGGCCAUCACCAGCGCCCAGUUGGGCAAUCGAUGGAUUGCCUACGGUGAAAGUCACGGAAGAGGGGUUGGUGAAGGAACCCGGUUGCCCGGUUUGCAAGGAAGGGUUUGUGGUUGGUGGAGAAGUAAGAGAAAUGCCAUGCAAGCAUGUGUAUCAUUCUGGUUGCAUAGUCCCUUGGCUGAGCUUACACAAUACUUGUCCAGUUUGCCGAUAUGAACUAAAUAAUGGGAUCGAUCAGUUUGGAGAUCGUAAUGAAAAUUAUUACGCAGAGGAGGAAGAAGAGGUGACGUCACGACAUUGGUGGUGGAAUCAGUUUCUUUCCUUCUGGCCAUUUCGUGCAUUAGUUCAUUGGAGACAAAGUUACCUUGAUAACCAAGCAAGGCGUCAAGAUAGAACCUGGUGGUCCCCGAUCUUGGAUCGUUCUAUUACUUCUAUAGCUCAAUUAAUAAGUGGUGAUGUAAAUUAAGCAAUAUGUGUAUAUGUAUAUUGGCUUUGUUUUAUACAAGGUUGCUCCAUAGGCAGGUAAAGAUGCAUUAAAGUUCUACUGCAGGUAUGAUCUCUAUAACAUAAUGGAAAGAGAUUGUACUUCUUCUUAUUAGAUCAGUUCUACAUGCAAAUUCUUUUUUCUUUCAUGAAAGGGUACAAUCUUUGAUAUAUGUGGAACUAUGUUAAAGAGCAUAUGGUUAAAACGAAUGGUUUAACAUUAAUCGGUGUUACCGUUUAUUCUAUUCGGAUCUAAUUAUGUUCUA